UGAAAAAAUUAAGAAGCAUGAAAACUCUAAAACACAUCUUCAUAAUUCAAUGGAAUUGGCUUUAUUGGGGACUGUUAACAUCAGAGCUCAGUUAGAUUCAGCAUAUUGGAGAAAUAUACACCAGCAUAAUGAUACCAUUACAAAAAACAGGUACGUUCUAUCAAAAGUAAUCGAUGGAUAUAUAUAUAUAUAUAUAUAUAUAUGUAUUCUUGAAGUUUGUCAUGAAGAAAUAAUAAAACAGAUUAACAGAGCCUCGUAUUUGGUGAUAAUAGGAGAUGAAAAAACGGACAUUUCGAGGAAAACCCAACUGGUAACAAUUUUCAGAUACGUAUUUAACGGCGAACCAAUAGAACGUUUUUGGAAUUAGAUGAAUCCCGAAAAAUGUGACGCUGAUACUCUCACAAGACAUAUUUUGAUCGUAGAUCCAUUAAUAGGAAAUUUUCC